GUUUUAAUUAAUCUAUUCUUUUGUUUCUUUGUGUUUGUUAAGUUUUUGUUAUGACUUUGUGUUUUUGACAGUUGAAGAUGUGUAUUUGUGCAGAUUUGUGUGUAUUUUCUGUGUUGUGUUGUGAUGUUGGGAUUUAGACAGUUCUUAUUCAAGUGCUGCUGGCGGUUAGGCGAGAUGCACACAACCACAGCAGAGGGCCAAUACCGGGGCACCAACGGCGCAACUCAUCCGAAGGAUAAAGUCGCCAUCCUAGACGCUGGCUCGCAGUACGGAAAGGUGAUAGAUCGCCGCGUACGCGAGCUAUGCGUGGAAUCCGACAUCUUGCCGUUAGACACCCCCGCGUACCACCUCAAGGAGGCGGGGUACCGCGCCAUCAUCAUCUCAGGAGGCCCCAACUCUGUCUACGCUGAAGAUGCGCCGAGAUAUGAUGCUGAUAUAUUCAAAAUCGGACUCCCUGUAUUAGGCAUCUGCUAUGGCAUGCAAAUGCUGAACAAGGAGUUCGGAGGCUCCGUGCUGCGCAAGGACGCCCGAGAGGACGGACAGUACGAGGUCGAAGUGGAAACCACGUGCCCCCUGUUCAACCGCCUCGAGAAACUUCAGCCAGUACUGUUGACCCAUGGAGACAGCGUGCAGAGAGUCGGAGACCGUUUCCGCGUCGGUGCCCAGUCGUCCAACCAUCUCAUCGCAGCAAUAUAUAAUGAACAAAUGCGGCUGUAUGGAGUCCAGUUUCACCCUGAGGUGGACCUAACCCCGAAAGGCAAACAGAUGUUGUCGAAUUUCCUGUUCGACAUAGCGGGCAUGUCGCGCUCCUUCACCCUCCGCUCGCGCCGCGAGGCCUGCGUCCAGUACAUCCGCGACGCCGUCGGAGACAACAACAAAGUACUUGUGUUGGUGAGCGGCGGAGUGGACUCGGCGGUGUGCGCGGCGCUGCUGCGGACCGCGCUGCGCGAGGACCAAGUCAUCGCGCUGCACAUCGAUAAUGGAUUCAUGCGUAAGAACGAGAGCUCUAAAGUGGAAAGGUGUCUUCGUGAACUGGGAGUUAGGCUUCACGUCAUCAAUGCGUCUCAUCAGUUCCGACAAGGCAGCACAGUGGUCCGCGAGGCCGGAGGCCGCACGCGGAGCACCCCACUGCUCUGCCACACACAGGCUCCAGAAGACAAGCGUCGAAUCAUCGGCGACGUGUUCAUUCGUAUCGCUGAGCAAGCCGUGCGCGACCUUAACCUGCAAGAGGACCAAGUUCUCCUCGGUCAGGGCACUCUUCGCCCCGAUCUGAUCGAGUCAGCAUCAGCCUUGGCUUCAGGCAACGCGGCCACAAUCAAGACGCAUCACAACGACACGGACUUGGUGAGGGCGUUGCGCGCCCGCGGACGGGUCGUGGAGCCGCUCAAGGACUUCCAUAAGGAUGAGGUCCGAGCCCUCGGCCUCGAGCUCGGGCUCCCGGCCGGCCUGGUGGCGCGGCACCCGUUCCCGGGCCCCGGCCUGGCCGUGCGCGUGCUGUGCCAGGACGAGCCGCGCGCCGAGCGGGACUUCUCCGAGACGCAGGUCAUAGUGAAAAUAAUGGUAGAGUAUGCAAGCAUGAUCGUCAAAUCGCACGCUCUACUAGGCCGCGUAGUGAACGCGACCACGGCCGCGGAGCAAGCCGAGCUCAAACGCAUCUCCUCCAAGUCGCCCAUCGCCGCCGCGUUGUUGCCGCUGCGCUCUGUGGGCGUGCAGGGUGACGCACGAACGUACAGCUACGCGGUAGCACUGUCAACGGAACGCUACCCGCCAGACUGGAAAGAUAUGUACUACCUCGCCAAGAUCAUACCUCGCGUCUGCCACAACGUUAACAGGGUGUGCUACGCAUUCGGAGGGCUGAUCAAAGAGCAAGUAACGGACAUCACGCCCACUUUCCUCACACAGCAAGUCAUCUCUACUAUCCGCCAAGCGGACGACAUCGCAACACAGGUCCUGCUGUCAAGCGGCGCAGCAUCCCUCGUCGCACAGAUGCCCGUGGUGCUCAUCCCCAUACACUUCGACCGCGACGCCGCCACCCGCGCGCCCUCCUGCCAGCGCUCCGUCGUACUCCGGCCCUUCGUCACUUCUGACUUCAUGACUGGAGUCGCAGCCCUGCCUGGUUCAGACGCCAUGCCGCAGGACGUGAUAGACAGAAUGCGCAAAGAAGUAAUGAGCGUGCCGGGCAUCUCGCGCGUGCUGUACGACCUCACGCCCAAGCCGCCCGCCACCACCGAGUGGGAAUGAUCGCCCAACCUUUUAUACGUUUCUACUCGUCUUGUACGAUUGCACCCGAGGCAGUGGUCCACGUUGCAGCUCUGACUCUCCAGGCCGCAAGCUGCAAUUUUAUAAGUUGCAACACUAAGUGGCCACUUUACAGGUUACAAUUUUACUAGUCUAAACCUGCAGCAUACAACCCAGCAAUAAUAUUAACUCUUUGACGGCCAAAGACGUCAACUGACGCGCGUGUCAACAUCAACCUUCGUGCAUUCGGACAAGAUUCACGAUGACGCGCCGCCAGGGCCGGAUUUAGGGGAGGGGCCUCCACUCCUUCGUUGCCCCGAGGCCUCCACACCUCUAAAUUCGGCCUUGGCUAGGCGUGGAGUUCAAAGGAUUAAGGCAUAAAGGUAACUUUGGUAUUUCAAAGUUCAAAAUCAAUGUGGGUUCCGUCUGUCUUAAAAGCGUUAUAAGUCAAACGCGACAGUGAUACCAGUUUAGACUUAAAAUUGUAUCUUGUACGAUUUUAAAUGCCAUAUUCAAAUGUUGCCAGUAAAAUUGAAGUAAAGGGUUGGUUUAGACCUCAAAUUUUAAUUACUUUAACACAAUAGUUGUGUGCGUCUUAAUAUUCUAAUGAAGCUCAGUUAUAGUCUGAAUGGCGGCAUAAGUCAUUGGGGCAUUGCACUUACAAGCUAGCCUCGUAUAUUUCAAUUAUACAUUAGUACUUAUAUGAUAUACCGCCAUACGACUAUUCAAUGAGGGCUAACGCGUAUGAAUUCGCCGAUAGUGGCGCUAGUGUAGAUGGUGGUCUUUUCCAUAGUUCGAAAUGUCAAAUGUCACUUGUCACUUCAAUGACUGACAGCUGUUCUUUAGUCUUUUGGACCACCAUCAACAGAGGCGCCAACUGGUGAGCAAAAAAACGAUAGCCCUCAUUUACAUAACAGUUCCACUUUGGAUCUCCAUUCGUGAUUCGUCUGUAGUAUCUAUACUUUACAUUUACAAUUAAUACAAUUAUACAAUAUGUAUGUAUAUAUUUAUAACGUAAUCACAGUCAAUUGUGUUCAUGUUAUAAAGAAUAAGCUACGGUCGAUGUACUGGAUUGAAUUAUUUUUAUAAUAAUGCAAAUAAUUAAGUGCCUAAUUCGAAUAGAAGCAGAUGUUAUGACUGUUUUCGAGACAGUAGCUUUCCAAGUGCAAUUUUUUCCUUGCGAUCAUGUAAUAAUUUAUUUAUGUAUAACUUUAUUCACUAUAUACUCUGUUAUCUUCUCACUUGUUUAAUAUUAUUUGCUAUUUUCUUUGUUUCAUAUUUAAUUCGGACCACUCAAUCGUCUUCGUUUCUAGUGCCAGAUAGAAUGUCUUUAAAACAACUACUUAUUUUAAGUAUGCAGUUGUUACGCGGUUAUCACGGCACGAUUUUAAGAUAGUCGUUCGAUUUGUAGCUGGCCCCGAACGGCUAAUCCUUUGUCUAUUGUUAAGUAAAACCUCACCUGCAUAAAAAAUGGUUCGGUCACUAACUGGUUAUUGAAUUUACAACUCCUAUGGAAAUUGCAAUAAGAUUCAAAACGAACGAAUGGAAAAAUAAUUUGCGAUUUCUUGGGUGGUCCCUCUACGGGUACUGAGUGCCGGCGAGGCGAACGCUAUAGAACCAGUCUAAAAUGUGUCAUCGAGAUAUGUAACAAAGGCGCGUUAUCGGAGAGCGUACCUACACUGGUUUUUCGAGCGUUGGACUAGCCCGCGCUCAGAUGCCAAUUAGAAUUAUACGACCCCUUUUUUUGCAGGUAGUGUGCGCGUGCGGUUUUACUUACAAUAGACAAAGGAUUAGCCGGUCGGGGUAAGCUACAAAACGAACGACUAUAUGCAUAGUUGUUACACGGUUAUCACACGGAUGCGGACCCGCACGCACCUCCGGUGUGUAAGCGAGACAGCGCUAUGUACGUAUAUAGCUCGCACCGAAAAGGCGCGCUGAUCCGUAUCCAAUGUGAGGACUGCUUUAUACAAUGUGUGAUUGUAGUUAUUUAUUUUUGCGGCUGAUGAACUUUUGUUUUAUUUAACCUAGAUAUUGGUGUCUGUUGGUUUUGUUUCACUGUUAAGUGUAUUAUAAUAUAAUAUAUUUGUUCUGGACCACUGCCCGUUAUUAUAAAGAGUUGUAAAUACAUUGGUGUAAGAAACACAAUGUCGAGGUUCUUGUUAACUCCACUGAUCAGUUUUGUAACUUGUAGUAAUUUAUUGUAAAGGCUGUGUAAAAAUUAUUAAAAAGCCCUUGAAUGUUCUGCUCGACAAGAUUAUACUGGGUCGUGUAUGAAAUCGAAAACAAAUUGUUUUAUGGAAUGGUUCAGUGUUAUUGACUGGAGGUUUCAUAAUAAAAUUAUAUUAUGCUUUA